CCAGUGCGGUAGGUUCAGGGCAGAGAGGUGGAGAGUACAGCGGGACCAGAGAGCUUCUUGUGGAGGCGUACAGGGUUUCACCUCCCGCCGGGUGUCAGCUGGAGCUUCAGACCGGACAGGAGCCUCUGCUCGGAACGAGAAGGAGUUUUCUUUCUUUUGUAAACCAGGGUUACUCUUUACUUUUCACUUCGCGUUUGCUUUGGAGCUUGCGGUUCUCCCCGCUGCGCUUGUUACCCUGAGGUUACACACGGGAGCCGUGCACGAGAGGAGAUUACGGAGCCGUGCUUGUGAAUGGACUGAGGUUAAAAAGGCACCGGGGAUAAGUGCAUGUCAAACCUGCUCUGCGGCAUCAAUAACACCUAUUUCACCGUGCAGCAUGCAGCGAGAGGAGUCCUUUCAGAUGCUUUCCCUCUCCAGACAGUGAGGGAAUAAGGCUCGGAGAGGAGGAGGCAUUUAGGAUAUAUAUGGGAGAUUUGUUGGAUUUCACCCCGUCGUUGUAAACUUGUGUCCGGGAUGGGGAAGGAGCAGGAACUGCUGGAAGCCGCCCGGACCGGUAAUGUCGCCGUGGUGGAGAAAUUAUUGAGUGGGAAGAGGGGGAUUCUGGGGUCAGGCUCAGGCUCCAUCCCUCUGCCCAACCUAUUGAGCAUGUGGAAGGGCCUGAAUGUCAACUGCACAGACAGCACAGGAUACACACCCUUACAUCACGCCUCACUAAAUGGACACAGGGAGGUGGUGCUGAAGCUGCUGCAGUUUGAGGCAGCCGCAAACCUCUCUGACAGUAAAGGAUGCUUCCCGCUGCACCUGGCUGCCUGGCGGGGGGAUGUGGACAUCGUCCGCAUCCUCAUCCACCACGGACCCUCGCAGUGCCGCGUCAACCAACAGAACCAUGAGCGGGAGACGGCGCUGCACUGUGCGGCGCAGUACGGUCACUCUGAGGUGGUGUCAGUGCUGCUUCAGGAGCUCACCGACCCCACCAUGAGGAACAGCCAACAGGAGACCCCCCUGGACCUGGCCGCCAUGUACGGCCGGCUACAGGUGGUUUGCAUGCUGGUGAGCGCUCACCCCAACCUCAUGACGAGUCACACGCGCCGACACACUCCGCUCCACCUGGCCGCUCGCAAUGGACACCACAGCACCGUGCACACGCUGCUGGAGGCCGGCAUGGACGUCAACUGUGUGACGGAGAAUGGCAGUGCCCUCCAUGAGGCGGCUCUCUUUGGGAAGAUGGAUGUAGUCCGCCUGCUGCUUGACUCAGACAUCGACACCAGUCUAACAGACUGCAAAGGGAGAACGGCUCUCGAGAUCCUGAGUGAUCAUCCUGCAUCCAAAUCUCAGCAAAUCACUGCUCUUAUCCAAGAAUACAUGAUGGACGAGAUGGAGAGGAGGAGAAUCGUGGAGGAGCCAGUCAGAAAAUGUCCCAUCCCUGCCCCUCGAACCUCCGUCCCCUCACCCUGUGCCUCCCCCUCCCUCAGACACAAGAAUGAUGCCGUGACAAGUGAGCUGUCCAAGCUGCUCCACGAGAUCAAAAAGUGCCGGGACAGAGACUACUCCUUCGAGGAGCUCUGCCACACCAUCUCCUCUCACUCCAUGGACAGCUUUGGCAGCGGGCGGCUCUCUGACGAAGAGCGGCCCGACAGACCCAACGGGACCCUGACACGAGUCAAGAGACCGACCCCGCCACUCGCAAUGGCCGUAGAAGAGGAAGAGCCUGAAAAGAGUUGCGGCCCCGGUGGAUUCUGGGAGGCCCUGACGCCCUGCAACGGCUGCCGCAACCUGGGCUUCUCCAGCCUGUCACAGGAUUCGAAGCGUUCAGCGGAGCUUGUCGCCUCUCCAUCUCUGGACGUUUUCCUACCAGAGGACGAGGACAACCCGUACGAGUCUGUGACCACAGCCGUCACACGCAAACCCUGCUCCCUCGAUAUCAGCCCCCGGCUCAACGCCUGUCCACGCGAUGGUCACUUGUCCCAUGUAACUGUGAGUGAGGGGGAGCACAGUAACCAUGGCAACUGCUCGACAGGCCCCACUCCAGACUGCUCCCCCCCCUCCCCCGACACAGCCCUGAAGAACAUAGAGAGAGUCAUCCGCCCACAGGUGUACAUGUGCAAAUUGCGCCACGAUGCCUUCUGA